CAAAUACAAAGAAAGUGUGAAAAUUAAAAACCCUAAACCCUUCCUUUUAGCUCUCUGCUCUCCUGGUUUUUAGCUUUCCUCCAUUUCGUGCUCAAUUCACUUGUCUCCAGUCUCACUGUAUCAGUGCCGGAGAUCUUGUCCGAGUAGAAGACAUGUUUGCUCUUUCCAAGGUUUUACGGAGAAGUCAGAGUCUCCGACUAGGAGCUUGCAAUGCUGUCUACUCUAAGCUAGAUAUACCAUUGGGAGAAAGAAACAGUGCUAUUGAAUCAAACGCUUUGAUUCAUGAUAAACACGAUGGUUUCCCUAGAUUUUACGAGCUCUCUUGGUCUUCCUCUACCGGAAGACGCUCACUUUCCUCUGACGCUGGAGCUAAAACAACCGGAGAUGAAGAUGACCUCGAAGACAAGAAUUUAGACAUUGCUACUCCAAACGAGACUAGUAGUAAUAGUGAAGAUGAUGAGGAGUUUUCCGGUGAUGAAGGUGACAUUGAAGGAGCAGAACUGGAACUACAUGUCCCGGCAAGCAAGAGACCAUCGGAGCUGUUUAAGGCCAUUGUUUCUGUCUCAGGUCUGUCUGUAGGGAGUGCUCUUGAUAAAUGGGUUGAACAAGGAAAGGAUACCAGCCGUACAGAGUUUGCAAGUGCGAUGCUGCAACUCCGUAAACGUCGGAUGUAUGGGAGAGCAUUGCAGAUGACAGAAUGGUUGGACGAUAAUAAGCAGUUUGAAAUGAAAGAGAGAGAUUAUGCUUCUCGGCUUGAUCUGAUUUCCAAGGUGCGAGGCCUGUACAAGGGAGAAGCUUAUAUCGAAACAAUCCCGGAAUCUUUCAGAGGGGAAUUGGUCUACCGAACCCUCCUGUCGAAUUAUGUGGCAACUAGCAAUGUGAGGACAGCAGAAGCAGUUUUCAACAAAAUGAAGGACUUGGGAUUCCCUCUGUCAACAUUUACCUGUAAUCAGAUGCUUAUUCUUUACAAGAGGGUCGACAAGAAGAAAAUAGCCGAUGUGUUAUUGCUAAUGGAGAAGGAAAAUCUGAAGCCGAAUCUUAACACAUACAAAAUCCUGAUUGAUACCAAAGGAUUAUCAAAUGACAUAACUGGGAUGGAACAAAUUGUGGAGACAAUGAAAAGUGAAGGUGUUGAGCCUGACCUUCGUGCACGAGCUCUCAUUGCGAGAAACUAUGCAUCAGCUGGGCUUAAAGAGAAGGCUGAAAAAGUGCUGAAAGAAAUGGAAGGUGAAAGCUUGGAGGAAAAUCGGCAUGUGUACAAGGAUUUGCUUUCCGUGUAUGGCUUUCUCCAGAGGGCGGAUGAAGUGACCAGAAUUUGGAAGAUCUGUGAAGAAAAACCCCGUUAUAACGAGUCCCUUGCUGCAAUCUUGGCUUUUGGAAAGAUCGAUAAAGUCAAAGAAGCAGAGGCAGUUUUUGAGAAGAUGUUGAAGAUGUCCCAUAGAGUUUCUUCUAAUGUUUACUCCGUUCUCUUGAGGGUUUACGUGGAUCACAAGAUGGUUUCAGAGGGUAAGGAUCUUGUUAAGCAGAUGUUGGACAGCGGGUGCAAUAUUGGGGCCUUAACAUUGGAUGCAGUGAUUAAGCUCUAUCUGGAAGCUGGGGAAGUAGAAAAGGCUGAGUCUUCACUGAGCAAGGCAAUACAGUCGAAACAGAUUAAACCGUUGAUGAGCUCCUUCAUGUACGUAAUGGGCGAGUAUGUGAGAAGGGGUGAUGUUCACAACACAGAGAAAAUCUUCCAGAGGAUGAAGCAAUUUGGCUAUCAAUCUCGCUUCAGAACGUACCAAGCCCUUAUCCAAGCUUAUGUCAAUGCCAAAGCUCCAGCUUAUGGAAUGAAGGAUAGAAUGAAAGCUGAUAACAUCUUCCCCAACAAAGGAUUAGCUGCUCAGCUCACUAAAACCGAUCCCUUCAAGAAGGCCCCUCUCUCCGAUCUCCUUGAUUGAGUUGAACUGCAGCUACAUUAUCAUCCGCCUUGUGAAUCUUUGGUUUGAUUGAUCAACCUUUUAUCCAUGUUGGUAGAAACUUCAGUAGCUUAGUUUAAAUAAGUCCUCCUGAUAUAUAAACUCUGUUUGGUUGCUUCUGUGCCGGAUGGUAUGGUUUUUAUUUAGCUCCGUUUUUGCCA